UUAAACGGGAUUUGGCAAGGCAACUAUUCCGCGGUUAUUUACCGGCGGAUCGGGAUUUUGAAAAUAAAGGGGGACUACAGUGCUCCGUACGUAGCUACGUAUUUCAGAUUUAAAACGAAUAUUAUUAAUAAUACCAUAGACUAUACUGUAUAGUAUAAUAUACAGUCUACGGCCUCAACCACUGUUGCUAUGGCGACAUCAGCAGUCACAGAGCCGUAGCAACCAGAGUGUAGGAACAGAGACGGAAAGUGGCGGGAACGUGUUGAAAAUGGCGUCAGAUCAAACCGCUCCAGAUUCACAAGGUUUAGAUCCUGACAGCUGGUUGGCGCCAGCGUGUCAGUCUGGACGGACCGACUACAGUCAUGGGCGUCCCAGAGCCACUCGGAGCGCACCCUUCCCUCCGCCCUCCAGCUGAAGCAGGACGAAGAGACGAGAGGAACCGACCCGUCAACAGCCAGCCGCUGGUUUCACUGCUGAGCUUCAUCAGCAGCCAGACGACUCUGGUGCGUUCGCUGCUGGCGGAGCGGCUCAACAGCUCUGAUUGGAGGGACCGACUUCUCUCCUGUAGCACGCUCGGCAGCCUCAAAGGACCCGUUAACAAGGAUGUGGUGCAGAAGCUGUGCGACCUGAUGCGUAGCGACCACAUGAACACGGUCCGCCUCGCUGCUGCAGAGACGCUCAUGAAGCUGGGGAGGAGGCACCAAGUCCACACUGAGCUCAGGUUAAAGCUGGAGGAGGGGCAGGGUCUCCAGGCCCGGAUGGAGGCUCUGGAUGUGAUCGACCAUCUGAAGUUAACGGCGCUGCUGGAGCCGCUCGUCAGCUGCCUCAGGGAUGAGUUCCCUGCCGUCCGGAAACAAGCGUGUCUGACGGUGGCGUCUCUGCAGCUGAAGGACGGCACGGUAGUGAGGCGUCUGCUGCAGGUGGUCGAGGACGAGGCAGCUCCAGAUGUUCGACUGUCGGCCAUCGGAGCUGUGGGGGCUUUUGGUUUUUUCCUCCCAGGGGUUUAGGGGGUUCCCGCCUUGGGGAGCUGGGAGGGGCGGAGCUGCCUCUCGCCCUGCC